GUCACAUUUCCCGCGUCACUAGCUACGUCGGAUUGUCUGCUUGACUGCCAGCAUACGCACAGCAAAAAUCCCAUAGAAUACCACUCCCAUCGCAACCAUGUCCGGUUCGAAAUCCCCGAUAGAAGAGACCGAAAAGUCUCUCGUGCAGAAAGCCAGAGCAUGGGGAGAGAACUCAUUCCCACCCACCCUGCUCGCCACUCUUAUCACUGCACAAUACAUGCGACCAUUCCAGGCACUUCCCAUGCUUUUUCCUCCCGUCCUUAUAUUCACCAGCUACGCCAACAUCCAAGGCUUCAAGACCGAUACAGCCGGUAUCAGCGCUGCGUGGUCCGGGCUGUACCUGUUGCUCGCGGGUCGUCGGAAGCAGCCGUUCAUGAAGAAAUGGGGCGCGAGGGGAAUUAUCCGCGGUGCGACAAUGGGUCUGUGCUUGGUUAACAUGGUUAGUGGUGGGCUGGCGUACACCCUUGGAAAGAGGGAGGAUGAGGAGGAAUAAACGGGGGAGAUAUAAAAGUUAUGGUUUGAUUUGGUGAAAGCAUCUCGUAUGAUGCUGCAGAACAGUGCUAUUUAUAUGCGGGGUCAUGUAUGAUAUGAGUUGAACGGGGAACAGGCGUCGCUUUGGGUCCUUGACGAGUGUGUCCUUCUACAUGAGUAUUCUAUAUGUAGGUUAUAUAUAU